UUGCACUUUUGCAGAGCGACAUGAGCGACAUACACUUCCUUCCACGUCGACACAUGUUAAAUGACGUUUGAUGUAAACUCUACUUGAUCACCUUCUAUAGAAAUGGAUCCCAAUGUUCAUACUAAAAUGCCUGAUAAUAAAAGAACAAAAUAUAUUAUCAUUGUUCUGUUAGCAGUUAUUGUAGUCCUAUCCUACCAGCUCUAUAAAGAAAACAAAUUAAAGAAAGAUCUUGUGAGAAGAAAAGCCUUUCUGUACAAAAAAUUGAACCAAUGUUAUGUUGAUGGAGAAAAAAGUGAAGCGAAGUAUAGCAACGUACGCAAAGAGAAAAUGAAGUUAAAUAGCGAUCUUGAAGAUAAAACUGAAAAGCACGAAAAAUUAUCGAAGGAUUAUGAUGAGUUGCAGCGAUCGUUCGAUAAAAAAGAAAUGGAAUUGCAUAGUUUACAGAAAUCCGCCGAUGAAGAUGAAAAGCAGUUGUCUAAGCUUAAAGCCAAUUAUGAUUCUGCAAUUUCUUCUGUCAGAACUGUGCAAGGGAAGGUUAACAAGACCCUAGUUGUUUGUAACAAGAAUAAAGAAGAAAAUAUCCAGUUUAAAGAGAAAGUUGAAGGAUUGAUGGAACAAUUACAACAAUGUAAGGAUGAUAAAUCACAAAUAGAGCAAGGGACUAAUUAUAUAUCUAUCAUCGACUGAAAAACCUUCAUGAUCAGCUGAAUGGUCAGAGGGAGCUAUCAAAAUUGACACCCCCAAAUGAUAAUUCAGGCCCAUAUAUAUCUAAACCAGGUCAAAACUUUCAAACAAGAGAUCAUAUAAAGGAAACGAAUAAAUUUGAUAGCGUACAAUACACCUUUCCACCAUCGUCAGUUUCCCAACCGGCGAAGAAAGUCUCUCACACUUAGAAAAUUCACAAGGCUUAAUCAAGAUGGAUAGUAGUACACCUUCUCAAACAAACUCUAUGUCCAACAUAUUCAACAGAUCAAUGACAAGGAAUACAGUCCUUUCGCCAUUGCACUCCAGGACAGAACAAGAUAAAGAUGUUAUGUAAUUAUUAAUAACAACAAAUUAAAGCUGUUCAAGAGACAAAGUAGAUAGCAAAUGUUGGGUAACAUUGUUGUAAUAUGUUUUAGACAGUAGUUUGUAAUAGUGAAUUUUUCCCACUAGAAAGUUGCACACACACAUUCUUCUGUAACAUUUUCAAUUAUAAUUUAUUUACUAUUUUCACAGCUUCAAGUUAAAAAACUUCAACAUGUUUUCAGUAUUCUAAA